UCUUCCUCUGCACCGAAUCGCACGCUUGUUCCACGUGACUUGUCGAUCGUUUGUCGAUGAGCUCUCCGACGAGCGGCGGCGGCGGCGGCGGCGGCGGCGACAACAUCGGUUCGUCGGCGGAUGUCAGGAUUCUCACCUCCGGCAAGCGCAGAAUCCCGGCUUAUUCCCGCGUCCUGGCGGCGGCGUCGCCGGUGCUGAAGAGCUUUCUGGAGAAGGCGGAGACGCGCAGCGACGGCGGAGUGAUUACUAUCUCCAUUCUUGGCGUCCCCCACGAAGCGGUCGAUGCCUUCCUCCGCUUCCUCUCCUCUCCGACUAGGUUUGGUAUGAUGGAGGCGGAGGGGGAGGCGGCGGCGGCGAUGGCGGAGCACGCGGUGCACUUGCUUGUGCUGUCGCACGUGUACCAGGUGGGGUGGCUGAAGCGCGCUUGUGAGCGGGCGCUGGCGUCGCACCUGGCGGCGGAGGGAGUGGUGGACGUGCUGGUGCUCGCGCGGCGGUGCGACGCCGCCUGGCUCCACCUCCGCUGCAUGAAGUUGAUCGCCGACGACUUCGCCGCCGUCGAGCGCACCGAGGCCUGGCGCUUCCUUCAGGAGCACGAUCCCUGCCUCGAGCUCGACAUCCUUCAGUCCCUCCAAGACGCGCACUUGAGGCAGAAGCGGCGGCGGCGGAAGAGGGAGGAGCAGCGCGUGUACACGGAACUGAGCGAGGCGAUGGAGUGCCUACAGCACAUCUUCUCGGAGGGCUGCGCCUCCGGCAAGUGCCCCAACUCCGCCACCUGCCGCGGCCUCCAGCAGCUCCUCCACCACCUCGCCCUAUGCGAUCGGAAGAAGAAACCGCACUUCUGCCGGCGAUGCAAGCGCCUCUGGCAGCUCCUCCGCCUCCACGCCUCCAUCUGCCUCCAGCCCGAACCCUGCCACGUUCCCCUCUGCUCACAAUUCAAGCAGAAUAUGGAGCAGCAGAGGAAAGGAACAGAAGAAGAGGAUGAAAAGUGGAGGCUGUUGGCGAAGAAGGUGGCAUCUGCGAGGGUGAUCUCCUGCCUGGUCAAGAGGAAGAGACAAGAAGGGUUCCAAGAGCAGGAGGAGCCAUGGCUGAAGCACAAGUCACUUGAAUGACUUGCUACACAGCCUCCUCCUCCUCCUCUUUCUUCUUCUUUACCCUAAUAAAAAGAGACGAAUUUUGUGGAAAUACUACUGUGUGAACUCUAUAUAUAAAGAGUAUUUAUUUAUGUCUUAUUUAAAAUGCUUGUUUUUUUUUAAAAAAAAUAAAAAUUAUUAAUGUUCUCAGGAAAA